UUCCUCUCUUGCUUCUUUGUUUUUCACCUACUGAGAAUCAAUCCAAGCAUGGCUAUGGCGCUAGGGUUUUGAUUACCUGUCUCGCUGCCUGGCGCUCUCUCUCUUCUAUCUCUCUCCCUCCGAUCGAAUGCGCAGGGGUAUAUAAUUCGCGCUUGUCCGCUUGCUCUUGGCGCCGUGGAUCGCCGUCGUCUCGUCGACAGGAAUCGAUAAUCUUAGCAUUCUUCUCAAUCCCGUUCUUGGCUUGGCGAUGGAUCCCGGAAUGCUGCAGCGCCAGUAUGUGGAGCUGAUGCAAGCGUCGUUUCAGGAGAAUCUCCUGGACGAUCAGUUCUCGCAACUCCAGCAGCUCCAGGAUCCCACAAAUCCCGACUUCGUGGCCGAAGUGGUGUCCUUGUUCUUCGAGGACUCGGAAAAGCUGCUCAAUGAUUUGUCAAAGACAUUUGAGCACAAUCCGAUGAACUUCAAGCAGAUCGAUGCGUACGUUCAUCAGUUCAAGGGGAGUAGUGCCAGCAUUGGAGCUGCCCGUGUCAAGGCAUUGUGCGUUGCUUUUCGUGCCUACUGCGAAGAGGAAAACCGGGACGGCUGCUGGCAAUGUCUGCAACAAGUAAAGCGCGAAUUUUUCCUUGUCAAGACGAGACUCCAGGCACUGCUCCAACUGGAGGAGAAGAUCAUUGCUGCCGGUGGCACAGUCCCGCUGCUCGAAUGAGAUCAAUCGUGGUAGCAAUAUCGACCCCUUCGUUACUUAAAUGGCACUAUGGAUGGAGUGACCGUCUUAGAGAAGAGCACACACUGCGACUGGGCAUAUAGCUAGAAAACCAAAGAGUUUUGUUCUUCUGGUCACUCGGUUCUCUUGUAGAGUUUUUGUAGAUCCCUGUAUUGUAUGAAUCAUCUUCCUUGUGCUUACGGUUUGUCUUAA